CCUUUUGAACACCAUGCUCGCGGCGGCCACUUCUUUCUUUGCUCGCACCGCAAUUUCUCAAUCGUAUAACUUUGGAGACCCCUCAGCAACAGGAAGCAGAUCGUCCACACCUGGUCCAGCUUCCACCUCGAAUUCACCUCAAACUUUGUCUGUCUCGCUGCAUAUCGGCCUAUGGAAGGUGCAAGGUGCCUACCACAAAGUUACUAACAAACGGGUAGCAGUAUGGAGUUUCGAUAAACGCGGGCCUGAGACGGAGAGGUUGGGUCCACUGUCAAAGGAGAGGAUACUGGAGGUGCUAAAAGGAGAGGCAUCAGCACUUGGUCGCUUGCGGCAUCCAUCCAUCCUCGAAAUGGUCGAACCGCUCGAAGAAACACGAAGCGAGCUCAUAUUUGCGACAGAACCCAUUCUCUCGUCGCUGGAUAUGUCGAUUCCUGGUAGCUCGCGAUUCAGACCGUGGGUGGAGCUUGACGAGGUUGAGAUUCAAAAGGGCAUCUUGCAGAUCUGCAAAGGCCUCUCCUUCCUUCAUACGUCGGCACAGCUAAUACACUCAAACAUAUGUCCAGAAAGCAUUAUCAUCAAUAGUGCAGGUGAUUGGAAGAUAUCCGGUUUGGGCCUCACUAUUCCGCUCCUUCAACUCAACGGUUCUCCGACGCGGUGGGAGUUUCCGACCUUCGAUGGACGUGUACCGUCGUACAUACAGCGUUCCUUUGAUUAUAUGGCCCCGGAGUAUGCCUUGGAUGAAGUCCUGAUAACUGCGUCCGACAUGUUUUCUCUCGGCGUUGUGCUCUACGCGGUGCAUUGCAAGGGACAGACGCCAUUUCAAACUCAUGGUAGUCUAGCAGGGUUAAGAGAGAAUGCUGGACGAGCUCUUCCAGGCAUGGAGAGACUCGAUGAUGACUUGAAAGGUCUUCUUCGUUCCCUAAUAACGCGUCACUCAAAUAACAGACCGACCCCGACAACGCUUCCUUCUCAUCCGUUUUUCUCCUCUCUACCCAUAUCAACAUUAAACUUUUUGGAUCGAUCUAAUUUUACAGCGAAGACCAGGGAGGAGAAAGUCGGCUUCAUGAAGGGUCUGACAGGUGUUUUGGACAAGUUCUCAGAAGGUCUCCGGACGAGAAAGAUGCUGCCUUCUCUUCUUGAAGAGAUGAAAGACACGCAUCUACUGCCGUAUAUCCUUCCGAAUGUGUUUGCCAUAGCAACUGCGCUCUCAGCUCCUCAGUUUGCCUCCAUGGUCCUACCGAGUCUCAAGCCUUUGUUCGCCGUCAAGGAGCCUCCGCAGAACAUGCUUACUUUACUGGACAAUCUUUCCAUGCUGCAAGGCAAAACUGACAAGUCUGUCUUUCGAGGAGAGGUUCUGCCAUUGGUUUAUAAUGCUCUAGAAUCAGAGCAUGCUAUCGUCCAAGAGCGUGCUUUAAAGAUAAUCCCGGAUUUGUGUGACACCAUUGACUACGCCGAGGUACAAGGCGUAAUGUUUCCAAGAGUUGCCCUUGUCUUCAGUAAGACGAGGAUACUCACUGUAAAAGUUGCUACUUUGGAGACUUUCUUGGCGAUGGUGAAGACGUUAGAUCAGACAAGCCUGACCCAGAAACUCGUUCCCUUAUUAUCAAAAAUUCGCACCAAAGAGCCGGCUGUGAUGACAGCAACCUUGGCGGUUCAAGAAGCAAUGGGCUUCAAAGUGGAUAGAGAAGCUGUUGCCACUCUGGUGCUUCCCCAGCUCUGGGCAAUGUCCAUGGGUCCACUCCUGAACGUCGAGCAGUUUCAACGUUUCAUGGAUGUCAUCAAGAGAUUAGGUGAUCGAGUGGAGAAGGAGCAUAAUCAGUUCCUUCGUGAUUCACAGAGACUGGAGGAUAGAUCAGGUGUAGCCGUCAACGGAAAUGGUACCAACCCUCAUAGUUUUGCUGGUGCUGUCGACUUUGAAAGCCUCGUUGGAGGAGCAGGCGCAGCUGCUCCCACUGGCACAAGCACAAGCACAAAGAAACAGAGCAGCAAUGCCUCUUGGGACGAUGAUGUUUGGGGUAGCAUUUUCAGUGACGAAACGUCUGGAACACAUAGUCCUGCCCUAUCGCCAGCGGCGCCUCCUCCGCAAGCUACCUUACCUGCUUCACCUUCUUCACCUAGGACCAUACAAGGAAGUCGGCUGGGUGCAAAAUCAAUUCCGGCGGCUUCUUUCAGUUCCGCCUCCUUCCCUUCACCGCCGUCUAACCGAUCCUUUUCGAAUCCUCUGCGGCCCACGAACACGGGCGGUUUUCCGCCAUCGCCCCAACCUCAAAAGCCAAAUUACAACAUCUCGCUUUCCACAUCCACCAUGUCUCCUAUGCGGCCCACGAACACCGGUGGCUUCCCACCACCAGCACAACCACAGAAACCUAAUUAUAACAUACAAUUCUCUACUCCAGCUCCUACGAUGAGCGCAUUACAGAAUCCCAUUCUUCCCGCAUCUUCACCGCCACCAUCACUGUUCCCUACACAAACCCCAGCGAUGUUGACUCCACUAAACCCUACAAUGACCAUGGGCAACAUACUUGCACCUUCCAAACCCGCCCAACCAUCCUGGAGUACCUCAGACUCCAAGUCGAACAUUGAUUGGGGUGAUUUUGAUCCAUUAACAUAGUCGUAAUGAGGUAGCAUGCUGUUAUGUAAUUUAUUUAUACAGGAUUAUUUUAGGUUUCUUUCUAUCUUGAUAUCUCCCAAUUUACGAACGUGAGAUGCAGAAACUAUGGUGUCUGUUCCUCCUUCAAAUGUGUCGUGUUCGUCUGGUAUACUGGCAGGAUCCACUUCGUAGCCAAGCAAGGCCUUCAGAAUGACGAGUGCGCCGGACUUUGAACAGACCUUGUUGCCUUCUGUGCAUGAGGGACUUUGUACAC